ACCUCUUGCGUUGCAUUCGCGCUGUCUGCGCCAAUCUGCGGAGUGCGGAAAAAGAAAACAGGAUCAACACCAGCUGGGGGACAUGAAAUCUUUGAUAAGACGCUGAUUUUGGAUGUGGCCCGAUUUUAUGCAACUUCGCAUGAAAAGAGGCAAUCUCUCAAACAUUGAUGGUACUUGAGGCUGUCAACCAUGCACUGAAGCGUGCAGAGCAGCUAAAAAAGCAGUUGCAGGAUGUCGGAGACUUGCUGGUGGAUGGUACAGUGUGGGAUGCUCAGCAAAAAAUUGCUGAGCUGUAUCAGCAAGUUCUACUACUGGACCUGGAGUUUGCGUUAGACCAGAAAGCUGAGCAAGACCUGUGGAAUUAUGGCCAUAAGAAUUUCAUAUCAUCGCUGCAAGCUCAGGCAAAAAACAAAGAUAAUCCAAAACGGAGUGAAGCCCAGAGCAUGCUUAAUUGGUUCCUGGACUCGGCCAGCGGAUUUUACUUGUCCAUGCUAGGAGAAAUUUGUUCACAGUUCAACCUAGACCUUCCAUUCAGAAGGAAAGAUUCAACAUUUGGAUUGUCGUGGCCGGAAAAGAAAUAUCCUCCUGUCGAGCCACAGAAAAGCUCUUGCCUUUACUUUUGCCAACACUGCCUUGUCCACCUUGGCGACAUUGCCAGAUACCGUGUCCACCUGAAGCAGGCAGAGACUUACUACAAGCAUGCAGUGACGCUUUCACCAACAAGUGGCCAACCCUACAACCAACUAGCCCUUCUGGCUGCCAGCAAAGGUGAUCAGCUUUGCACAGUUUUCCACUACGUACGCUCAGUUGCUGUUCGACACCCAUUUACUGCAGCUGGGAUAAAUCUUGACAAGACACUUUUGCGCUGCUCUACAGCAAGAGUUCAUGUGGAGGGAAAGCAUUGCUUGACUGGACCUGAAUUUGUCAUGCUUUUCCUAAAGUUCCACGGCUUGUUGAAGUGUCACGGAAAUAUUGACCAGGCCAAGCCACUAGUGUCAACCUUGGGACAAACUUUAACAGCACUGGUUGCCACUCAGAACUUCAGUGGUUGGAAACUGGUUCAAAUGCUUCUUAUCAACAUCCAUAUGCAUCAAGAGGCCCAUGAGCAGCAAAAAGAGGUUAUUCUGGACCUUGUUGUCACAUUUCUAUGUGCUUGUUUGUUGCCUGUGUACACUUUGACCAAAGAAGACUCGUUGCUUGGCUACGUAGCUUUACCAUCUGUUAAGUUGACACUGGAGUGGAUUGCUUUGAAUCCGUUGCUUUUGAAUAGCCAGGGUUUGGUCGAGAAGAAGCAGAUUUGGCCCAGUCUGUGCAACCUGCUGAACAGCAUUGUCAAAAUAAAGGAUGGAGAGGAGAAAAGCGUUGCAGUAAGCAAUGACCCUGAUCUACCUCUUCCUGAAGACAGAGAUGUCCAAGGAUUUCUACCACUGCAACCUUUCUUGUCAUCUUUGAAAUUUAACAGUGUCUCGGGCGAAGAAAUCAACUUCAACAUAAUCAGGGCAGUGCGUUUGUUGAAACUUGGAAAGGCUUUGGCCAAUACCAGCACGGGAGAAAAUUUCUUGGCACUUGACGACACCGGAACUUUUAUCGCUUUUGGACAACCUCAGCUGGAGCCCUCUGACAUAAUUAAAAAACUAGAAGAGCUUAAUGUUGCUCAGGAAGCUCAGCCAGACGCCCUAUCAAUGAAUCAUGGAUCCUCGGCUACCUCUCCUGUUCCCUCGGACGGCAGCUCUUGGGAAACUGGGAAAUCUACACCUGAUAGCUCAGGAGGCAGUGGAAGUAUUCAUGGUAUCAUUGACAUGCCAAGUGUAAAGCCGGAGGAGGAUUUGUGGCGUCCACGUUUGCUGGAGAAGGAGAACAUCGAGGAGCACAGACGCCCAUUGCCUGGCCGAAUGAACCAGAACGUGGCCUUGCAGGCCAUUUUCAGGGUGAAGGAACAGGAGAAGCAGCCACUGACCAACGGCAAUGGUCAUUAUGAUGGGUGGAAAUCACCCAUCGGCUUCAACUCCCCCGAGAACAACUCGCUCUUCGGAAACGGAAUGGACAGUGGACCUUGUUUUCAGCAGAACGCUCAGGAAUUUAACAUGUGGGAUCCAAAGCCGGUAGAGCAGUCCAUCUGGGGAAAUACACCAACAAAGAGCUUUUCUUCUCCUGGUUUGCAAAAUGAAUUUGGACAUCAACAAGUCUGCAAAGAGGUCCCACAAGAGAUUGGAGGAUACUCUUUGUUCAGCUCGACUCCUGCCUGGUGCAUCACCAGUGGUCAGAAGAAUCAAUCUGCUGCGGCGCAAAUGAACUGGAAGGCACCAGAACCUGUCCUUCAUCAGCCUCCAUUGCAGUCGCUGUGGCCUGGAUCUUCAGCACUGGAACGACUCUUAGAGCAACAGAAGCAGCAGCGGGAGGGCGGAACUUGAACUCCAAACGCAUUGGAAAGAAGAUGGGAUCCAAUUUCGUUUUGAUCGCUGCUGCAGACCUUACCUCCACCCAGGAUUAACUAAAUGCCUCGCCGGAGACAACAGAAAGCCUGAUGGGAGGAAAAAAAAAGAAGCGCAUGGGUAGUCUAUCUGUCAAUCUACCUUCUCAAGCAUUAACAUCCCUGGUUGCACGACCCAAAAAAAUCUCGGCUUCUCUUAAAUAACAAUGGCUCACAGAAGUCGAAUUAAAUGCAACUUAGCUUAUAUUUUAGACACAAAUAGUAACAUGACACGAGGAGUUUGUGUAAAAUGUAAGCAAAAUGUUUAUUUUAAGCCUCGUUUUGGUAGAAUAAUUAGCUUACUCGCAAUUCUUGACCUUUGAACAUCCAAGUAGGCUUUUCAAAUUAUUGCUGAAACAAAAUAUGAAGAGCUAACUGUUCGACAAAUUCUUUCUUGUUUAGCACGCCAUACUCUUGUAGCAAAUAAAACCUUUUAAUCCAA